ACGCGGCCUAGCGGAGACGCCGAAGCCUCUCCAAAAACCCCUCAGACCAUGGCGGAGGCUGUGUGGAACGAGGACCCAGGCGGAGCAGUCUAUCGUUCCCGGGACCCCAUCAGCAACUUGCGCGUCAGAGUUCAAAUCCAGCGUGUGACCUCCACCAGCCUCCUUCUGCAGCAGUUGCACCUGCCUUUCAGCCAGUCGGGACAGCAGCUCAUCAGCUUGGCCAGCCUCGGCACCCACAACACAGCAAGUAACCAUUGUCCUGAUGAGGAGAAAGAGGAGGCCGUGAUCGGCUGGCAAGAGAAACUCUUCAGUCAGUUUGAGGUUGAUCUCUAUCAGAACAAGUCCGCCUGCCAAAGCCCUCUCGACCAGCAGUACCACCAGGAUGUGCUGAAGCUAGAAGAGUCUGGGGGUCGGAAGAACCGUCGGAUCUUCACCUACACAGACCAUGACCGCUUCACCAACCUGGAGGAGCACUGCCAGAGGGUCACCACAUCUGCCACAGAAGUCCCUUCGUACCUGGCAGAGCGGAUGGCAAAUGUGAGGAGGAGGAGGCAGGAGCGGAGGCCGAGGGAAGGGAGCAUCCUGAAAACCCGAUUUGUCACCUGGGAACCCUCGGAAGAAUUCAUCAAGAACAACCACGUCAUCAACACCCCCGUGCAGACCAUGUACAUUAUGGGGGAUUUGGGACCGCAUGGCAAACUUGGGUGCCGGGAGCAUGAGCACGUCCUCUGUACAAUCCAGGUGGACAGCAACGGAGUCAUCACCAUCAAGCCAGACUUCACAGACACAAAAGGGCCUUACAGGAUCGAGCUGGAAGGGGAGAAGCGGGAAAUAUGGAAGUUCACCCUGGAGAACGCCUCGGCCCCCGUCAAGUCGGAGGAGCAAGAACGAGAGCAGCGUGUCUUCAAGGAUUUGUACAGCCGGCAUAAGGAGUACCUCAGUGGACUUGUGGGCUCUGACUUUGAGAUGACCCUCCCUGGUGCUCUCCGACUCUUCGUUAAUGGUGAAAUUGUUUCAGCUCAGGGCUAUGAGUACAACAACCUCUACAUCCACUUCUUCCUGGAGCUGCCCAGCUGCUGGUCAUGCCCCCCAUCCCAGCAGCUCUCUGGCGUGACACAGACCUGCACUGCCAAGACCCUUGGUAGGGAGCAGGUGGCCUUUUUCUCCUUCCCUUUCACCCUGGAGGUCUUCUUCUCCCAGGAAGGCGAGUUGGAAGGCCCCCUCCCCCAGUGGCCUGUCCUCUACUUUGAGGUCCUCUCCUUGGACUAUUGGCAAAGGUAUCGCGUUGAAGGAUACGGGUUUGUGGUCCUGCCAGAUGUGCCAGGGGCUCACACCAUUACAGCAUCCACUUGGCGUCCCAUGGAGCUGGGAACCUUCUCGGAACUGCAGAGGUUUUUCAUUGGGGGGUCGCCAGAGCUGGAGGACAUGACCUAUGCCAGAGUGCCUGGCACCUUUACGGGUGAGCGCCUGAGCCGGUUCGGCUUCCGCACCGAGACGACAGGAAGCGUCACCUUCCGGCUGAACUGCCUGCAGCAGUCCAAAGCCUUCCUGGACUCCAGCUCCAUGAGGAAGCGCAUGCAAAGCGUCCUGGACCGGCUGGGCACCUUCGGCCAGCAAGGCUCUCUCUACAAUGUCCUGGAGGCUUUCCAGAGGGCCCGGCACCGGAUGCAGGAGGCCCGAGAGAGCCUCCCCCAGGACCUGAUCCACACUUCCGCCUCCAACCUCCAGCUAUGAGGAGAGAAGUUUUGAAUGACCCCUGAUGGCAGCCUUGUGGAAGGAGGAGUCUGUGAUAAGCCCCGGCCCACCUCAUCUCACCACUGGGCUUUCUUUGUGUUGAGUGAAUCCUGAGCCCAGGCAGUGGCAGCCGGGGGGGGGGGCUCUGCUUGUCUGGAGGGCAUGUCCUGUGGCUUCUUUGCACUCUAGCCCUGAAACCCUCCUUCAGGCAUCCACGAAAUGCAUCCAAGAAAAGCCACAACUCUUCAUUUAGCAAGCACCAGCAGGACUUCUCCACCCCUCCAUUUAACUCGUAGGAUGGGCAGGAAUUCUCAGGACAGGGCACACAGCGCUGCCCCCCUCCCCCCGGCAAAAGCAGAGUUGUUUCAUCCAUGCCUUGAAGAUCAGAAUCAAACUCUGCCACAGCAGCAUCAUCAGAGGAAGCGCUGCUCAAAGAACGGUAGAGUUGGAAGGGACCCAGAGGGUCAUCUAGUCCAACCCGCUCAAAACUCGCCACCGUCAAGCCCAGCUGCAAAAACUUUGCAAUUCAAAAUCGACAAUUGCGAAAGACACAGACUCUGUCUGAGGAGCUGGCCAAGAUCAGGGUCCUUCUCCUCUUUGAGGGCAAUUUCUGCAAAGGGUAGAGAGAGCCACUCCAUUAGGCUCCAGUCUUUGCACUUUCUUCAGAGCCCUGCAGAAAUCCCAGCCCUGAAACAACCUCUUGUUACUUGGAUUGGCCUUUGGUCAGUUUUAGUGUAAAGGGUGAGGGGGAAUAUAUUUUAUUCUCUUCCAAUUGCCAGCCUGUGUAUAUAAUAUUUUGUUAAUAUUAUUGUUCUGGAUGUCUGGGGCAGGGGACAAUUGAAAGCAGGCCUCCCCCAACCUGGCGCCCUCCAGAGGUCACUGGACUCUAACUCCCAUCAGCUCCAGCCAGGUUGGUUGGGGGUUGAUGGGAGUAUCGCCAUCACAGCAGGGGCUGAUGGGAGUUGGAGUCCAAAGCAUCCAGAGAGGCACCAGGUUGGUAGUGAAGCUGCUUUAAAGGAAUGGUGGCAAUGCAAUAAUAUUUUAUAUUGUAGCAGAACCAUAUGCAGAAAUGGCUUCUUUGUUUUCUAAUGACAAAAGAACAAAUUAAACUGCACUAAGGUACUGAAACCCAGAGUUUUCUCAAUAAAACCAUCUCAUCUCCCUUCUGUUUGGACAUUUUUG